AUGCCACCCAAGAAAGAGAAUAGCAAGGUUGUGGCUGCCAAUGAGCGCAAGGCUGCUGCUGCUAAUGCGAAGGCAGCCAAGAAGGCCGUUGAACAGGAAGCUGUUGAAGCUGCUGAUUGGUCCAAGGGUGCUAAGGGCAACAAGAAGGAGCUUGAGGAACAAAAGAGACAAGAGCAACUGGCUAAGAAACGCGAGGCACAACGUGCUCUUGAAGAGGAAGAAAGCAGCAUCAAGAGCAAACCCUCGAGGGCUCUUAAGGGAGAGGAGAAAAAAGCCGCCAAGAAGACUCAAAAGGUUGAGGCUUUCUCAAAUCAGGUCAAGCCUGUCGAGGAAUUCUCUGCUUCCAAUAUUGAUGAUGCUCUUGAUCUCUUGACACUCACUGGUUCCUCAACUGGUGGUUCAGGACAGGCUCCUACCACAACCGGCAAGGGCAAGGAAGUUGAUCGUCAUCCAGAGCGUCGCUUCAAGGCUGCAUUUGCCGCCUACCUGGAACGUGAGCUGCCUAUUUUGAAGCAGGAGCACCCAGGAUUGAGGCAGCAACAGAUGCAUGAUAUGCUUUACAAGCAGUUCCAGAAAUCACCGGAGAAUCCCUUCAAUCAGACUAAUAUCGUCGCCUAUGAUGCUAACAAGGAGGAAGAGCGUGCACAUAUUGAGUCUCGCAAGCAGGAGAUUGCCAACCGCUUGAGAACCUAG